GAUUUAGGAAAAUAAACCUUUCAAAUCAAAGCCGAAAAUAUAAAUAAUCCUUUGAUUAAAAGCUUUGGAUAACCCCAUAUUUGACUGAUUAAAAUAAUAAGGUUUAUUUACAUUAAGAGCCGGAAGAAUAAUGGCCUUCCGGUCCACUAGGUGGCGGGAAAUCUCAAAUAAACGUCAUUAGAGAUAAAAGAAGAAGAAGAGGAGCCGGAAGUCAGCUGUCAACAAUUGGAGGAAAAUCUUCAAGUUUCUUCAUGACUGCACAGGUGACAGUGCUGUACUUCGCUAAGAGCGCGGAGCUGAGCGGACUGAAGGAGGAGGAGCUUGUUGCCGUGCCAACACCAAUCAGUAGCCAGGGCCUCUGGAGCCUGUUGCUACAGCGACACCCCAGGUUGUGUGUGCUGCAGCAUCAGGUGGUGUUGGCGGUACGUCAGCAGUACGUGGCCAUCGGUGACGAGCUAGUUGCCCUUGGCGACGGAGACGAGGUUGCCGUGGUGCCGCCGCUGAGCGGGGGUUAAAGAUGGUGGAGCCGCACAGAGACGUCUUGAAGCUGCGCCGUGAUUGGCUGUCUGUACAGGAAGUGGUGGACGCCGUCAGCAGCGCUUCCUGUGGAGCCACCUCAGUGUUUAUAGGU